CCGUCUAUCACUGCGCUUCAGCGUUGACGACACCCGCUUUCGACGCAACCCUUUCACCUGCUGCCCCUAAGUAGCAGGGUGAGAACACCUACAGCAAUACAACUUGCAAACGUUCUGAGACGACAGGCCACGAGCGUUCGUCGAAUUGGUUUCGGACUUGAGUGGAACAGCAAAGGCCCAAAGAGGCGACCCCAGUGCAGCACCCUCGGGGCCAACGAGUCAAGACUCCCUCCGAUACGGCGUGACAUCGACGACAGGGCGUGUGCUUCUCCGCCUUGAUCGCCAAACGCACAGUCACUUCUCGCCCCUAGACGCGUGGCCCCUCUUCGUUUCGUCCGUCGCCGUCGUCGUCGGCAAAAAGUGAAGGCGAGCGAGGGUCGUGACGAGACAGAAAAUAAGGCAACGACAUAUUAUCUCAGCAUAACCAUACUCGCACCUUCAACGAACCACGUCGCUCCUGACCAACUACGAUGGAGCGAGACGGCGAUGCAUCCGGGGGCUGGAGAUUUGCGCAGUGUUUUGGCGACAAGGGCGAAGUGGAGGACAUAACCGAGGCCGACAUCAUUUCCACUGUCGAGUUCGACCACACUGGUGACUAUCUUGCGACAGGAGACAAGGGCGGUCGGGUAGUCCUCUUCGAGCGCAAUGAGUCGAAAAAGGGCUGUGAAUACAAAUUUCACACCGAGUUCCAAAGCCACGAACCGGAGUUCGACUAUCUCAAAUCGCUUGAGAUUGAGGAAAAGAUCAACAAGAUCAAAUGGUGUCGACGGCAAAAUGCGGCUCAUUUCCUUCUCAGCACCAAUGACAAAACGAUUAAGCUGUGGAAGGUGUUCGAGAAGUCGCUAAAGGUCGUGGCGGAAAACAACUUGUCAAACGACGGGUUUCGAAACAUUGCUGCGCACUCGGGCAACGUCCACCCUUCACUUCUACCGCCGCCAGAACCCCUUGUGGGCAGCGGGACCAAUUUGCGAUUGCCGACGCUCACACACCACGAUACCAUAGUCGCAGCCGUGCCCCGGAAAAUCUAUGCGAAUGCACACGCAUAUCACAUCAAUUCCAUCUCGGUCAAUUCCGACGGUGAGACGUACAUUUCGGCAGACGACUUGCGCAUCAACCUAUGGAACCUCAACAUCAGCGAUCAGAGCUUCAACAUUGUCGACAUCAAGCCAGUCAACAUGGAGGAAUUGACAGAGGUCAUUACGGCGGCAGAGUUCCACCCGAUCAACUGCAACAAUUUCGUCUACUCGAGCUCAAAGGGAACAAUCAAGCUGGCCGACAUGCGAGAUUCUGCCCUGUGCGACCACCAUGCGAAACACUUUGAGGAAGAGGAGGAUCCAUCAAACAAGUCAUUCUUCAGCGAGAUCAUCUCGUCGAUUUCCGAUGUCAAGUUCUCGCGCGACGGUCGGUAUAUUCUCUCGCGUGACUAUCUGACGCUCAAGAUUUGGGACGUGAACAUGGACUCCAAGCCGGUCAAGACCAUCCCCAUCCACGAGCACCUCCGAUCGAAGCUUUGCGAUCUGUACGAAAAUGACUGCAUCUUUGACAAGUUCGAGGCCCUCUGGGGACCCGACGGGCGAAAGGUCCUGACGGGCAGCUACAAUAACUACUUCCACAUCUUCGACAAGGACGACGACAGUGACGUGGUGCUGCAGGCAGACAAGAGUGCAUUCAAGGCCAAGAAGCUGGCGGGAGCAAAGAAGAACAAAGGGAAUAAUGCGUCUGCCGCGGCGCAAAUCAACGUUGACAAUGUGGACUUUAACAAGAAGAUCCUGCACUCAAGCUACCAUCCUAGAGAGAACACGAUUGCGAUUGCGGCGACAAACAACUUGUUUAUCUUCUCAGCAAACAAUCCGGUGUCUACCUAGGAAGGAAAAGGGGCAGAUUGACCGUCUAAGGAAGGGGGCGAAUGCGAACAUAAUUUCUUUGUCAAGCUUUCUUGUCUGUUGUAGCACGACUCGUCUCUCCCUCUCUCGAUUCUCACUGUCUUCUCUCCAGCUAUGUUUUCACCUCCCACUCUCCCCCUCACAAUGCAAUAGUCCCCGAAAGUAAUGAGUUCCCCU